AUGAAAAAGGUUAGAUUGGCCGCUGCUGAGUUUGUUGGCUAUGCUAUUAACUGGUAUGAUCAAGUGUUGACUCACAGGAGGAGGAAUGGCGGAGCACCAAUCUUUACUUGGGACGAGCUCUCGGCCAUGAUGAGGAGACGUUUUGUUCUUGAACAUUAUCACCGGGAACUCCAUCAAAAACUCAGACGGUUGCUUCAAGGAACCAAAUCCGUGGAGGACUAUCACCAAGAGAUGGAGAUCUUGAUGCUAAAGGUGGAUGUAGACGAGCCCCUAGACGCCACUAUGGCCAGAUUCCUAUCCAGUCUCAACCGAGAAAUUCAAGAUCAAAUGGAGCUUCAGGAGUAUGUCAGUAUUGAACAAAUGCUACACAACGCCAUUCUGAUCGAACAACAAGUCAAGAGAAAGGGCUACUCUAAACUGGCCUUUGCUCCCAAGCCUAGCCAUCAAGACAAAGGUAAGGCUCGUGUUGACAAAGGCAAAUCAGAUGAGACCAAUAACCGGGCAAGAGACAUUCGGUGUUAUAGAUGUCAAGGCCUUGGCCACUAUGCCAGCAAGUGUCCGAACCAGAAAGUGAUGAUCCUCAUGGAGAAUGGCGAGGUUGAGUCCGAUGAUGAUCAGGACGAUCUAGAGGACAAGGGCGACCACGGUCCUAUCUUUGAUGAGGACAUAGAGUCCUUCGACUACCCACACCAAGGGCCACUUCUAGUUGCCAGGAGAGCCAUGGAUGAAGGCCUUGCUCCGAUCUGUGAAGAACAUUCAGACAAUGAUCUAGAACCGGCCUUUGAUGAGACACUUGAGCCGAUCUAUGAUGAUGAUGAUGGACAUCUCGACUACCCAGCUUACGGUCCACUUCUUGUUACCAGAAGAACAUUAAGUGUUCAACCCAAAACCAAUGAACAAAAACAAAGGGAGAAUCUUUUUCAUUCUCGAUGCUUAGUUUCAGAAAAAGUUUGUUCUUUGAUUAUUGAUGGUGGUAGUUGCACUAAUGUUUCUAGUGAGUCUCUUGUCAGGAAGUUAGGACUCGUGACCAAACCACUUUCCCGACCUCUCAGAUUGGAGUGGUUGAACGACACUGGAGAACAGUACGUCCGGGAACAGGUCGCGGUCCCUCUCACUAUUGGACGAUAUGAGGACGAGGUCCUUUGCAACAAUCUGCCCAUGGACGCAUGCCAUAUUCUGUUAGGACGACCAUGGCAGUUUGACAAAAAGACUAUACAUGACGGAUACACCAACCGCCACUCCUUUGAUCAUAAGGGAAAGAAGAUCACCUUGGUUCCCCUCUCACCGGCCGAAGUCCAUCAAGACCAGCUCCAGCUGAAGAAGAGCCGAGACAAAGAGCCAAAGCCAUCCGAACCUGAGUUAUCUCCUAGGAACUCUAAAUUCUUUAUCAAAGGAAGCCAGGUAAAGAAAUCCUUAUGCUCACAACAGCCGUUUCUUUUGCUUGUUUACAAAGAAACUCUAAUGGCUUCCUCUUCUAACAUUGCACCGGAAAUUCCGAGUGAUCUGAAAGAUGUUUUGCAGGAAUACUCUGAUGUGUUUCCAGAUGAGAAUCCUAAGGGAUUGCCACCAGUCCGAGGCAUUGAACAUCAGAUUGAUUUCGUUCCAGGUGCAUCUCUUCCAAACCGGCCAGCUUACCGAACCAAUCCAGUGGAGACAAAGGAACUUCAAAGACAGAUUGGAGAGCUUCUUGAGAAGGGAUACAUCCGGGAGAGCCUCAGACCUUUUGUUGUUCCUGUUCUCCUUAUUCCCAAAAAGGACGGAUCUUGGCGCAUGUGCGUGGACUGCCGAGCCAUCAACAACAUAACGGUAAAGUAUAGGCAUCCAAUCCCUAGGCUUGAUGACAUGCUUGAUGAGUUGCAUGGUUCCUCUGUGUUUUCUAAAAUUGAUUUGAAAAGUGGUUAUCACCAAAUUCGCAUGAAGGAAGGUGAUGAAUGGAAAACUGCAUUCAAAACUAAACUAGGAUUGUAUGAAUGGCUUGUCAUGCCAUUUGGCCUUACCAAUGCACCUAGUACAUUCAUGCGUUUGAUGAAUCAUAUCUUGCGGUCCUUUAUUGGUCAUUUUGUUGUUGUCUACUUUGAUGACAUUCUCAUUUACAGAAAGAAUCUUGAUGAUCAUAAAUUACAUUUGAAAUCUGUUCUUGAAGUUCUUAGAAGAGAACAUUUGUUUGCUAAUCUUGGUAAGUGUUCUUUUGGGACAGAUCACGUGGUCUUCUUAGGCUCUAUUGUAGGUGCAGAUGGACUCAGAGUGGACGAGGAAAAGAUCAAGGCCAUUCGAGAUUGGCCUAGUCCAACGACCGUGGGCGAGGUGAGAAGCUUUCACGGCCUGGCCGGGUUCUUUCGAAGGUUCGUCCAGAACUUCAGCUCUAUAGCCACCCCUCUUACCGAAGUAAUCAAAAAGAACAUUGGGUUCAAGUGGGAACAAACCCAGGAAGAGGCGUUCCAGAUCCUCAAAGGGAAGUUGACUCAAGCCCCAUUACUUGUUCUUCCUGAUUUCUCUAAAACUUUCAAAAUCCAGUCUUUGAAACAUCUUAAGGGCCAGCAGAAGUUGAACAAAAGACAUGCCCGUUGGGUCGAGUUCAUUGAGACCUUUUCUUAUGUGAUCAAGAACAAGCAAGGCAAGAAAAACGUGGUGGCUGAUACCUUGUCCAGAAGGUAUGUUCUUCUGUCCACUCUUGAGACCAAGUUGCUUGGGUUUGAGUUUAUCAAAGACUUGUAUGCAACUGAUCCAGACAAAAUUUUCAGAAAAUGUUCCAAGGUUGCAUAUGGGAAGUAUUAUCAAAUUUCUGAUUUCUUAUUCUUUGAUAACCGUCUUUGUGUUCCCCAAUGUUCUUUGAGGGAGUUGUUUGUCAGGGAAUCUCAUGGAGGAGGCUUGAUGGGACAUUUCAGGAUCAAGAAAACCUACAAGGUGAUUUAUGAUCACUUCUAUUGGCCGAGUCUGAUGAAAGAUGUGGAGAGGAUAUGCAACCGCUGUGUAGUGUGCAAGAAGGCCUAG